AUGAUCGCCAAGAAAAGAGUCCUUCAGGUGGUCACGGCAGCUCUUGCUGCCUUUUUCCUCUGCACAGUGCUUAUCAAAAACCUCGGGGAUAAACCAUGGUCCCUCUCGUUUCCAGAACUCUCUCGGAAAUACAUGAGCGAUAGUGCCUUUGAACAUAUCAAGAACCGCACUCUUGGGUUUCAGCAUGUCUACGCGAUCAGUAUGAAAGAGCGGACCGACAAGCGCGAUUUCCUCACACUAGCAGCCUCGAUAUCGGGGUUCAAUGUCGAAUGGCUCGAUGGAGUGCGACCCGAUGAGCUAGCUCCCAAGGCCAUGCCUGAUGGACUGGACCCCUCACUCGUGAAACCCACUGCCAUGGCAUGUUGGCGUGCGCACAUGAAUGCAUUGGUCAAUGUGAUAAGCAAUGACUAUUCGACUGCAUUGAUUUUGGAAGAUGAUGCAGACUGGGACGUGAGUCUCAAGUCCCAGCUGGGAGAAUUCGCGCGUGGGCUACACACUUUGAAAGGAACGAAACACGUAUCCAAGGAAGCUCCUUAUGGAACAGAUUGGGAUCUCCUUUGGAUUGGCGGGUGUGCCUCGGGCCCGAACGCCAACGAAACAAGCUUCUACGCUAUCCCGAUGGACCCAACAGUUUCAAGGGUCCACCACCGAGCCACCUGGGGCGGACCCACCGAAAAGUGGAAGCAACAAUAUCCAGAAUUGGCCGAGGACUCGACGCGAUUUAUCUACCGGGCUGAAAUGGGCUGCUGCAUGUUUGGCUACGCAGUUACGACCAGGGGUGCGAGGAACAUUCUUUCCGCUCUUUCUAUCGAUCGUUUGGAUCAGGCGGUAGACAAUGCCCUGAGUGACUUGUGCGCAGGUGCCAAUGGGCGUCACAAGAUUGAAUGCUGGGCCCCAUUCCCUAAUUUGAUUGGUACAUAUAGAAAGGCCGGCUCGGCUUCUCGGGAUUCGGAUAUCGAGAAGAACGAUGCGGGUGUUUUCCACGAAGAGCAAGCCUGGAAUAUAGUAUACAGUACCAGGCGUAAUAUACAGCAAUUGGUUGCUAAUGAGGAAACUGUUUACUCGCAAUGGAAGGAUGAGGAUGUGCCAUGGUCGAGUAAAGCGAUUAACCACAGGGAGUUUGUUUAUCCUGGUGGAUAUCUUGUCAAUUAA